UCUCGGUGUAAAUAAACACCAAACAAAUGACAAAUACUAAAAAGCGCACUUUAUUGUUUUCAUUAAACGUUUUUUGUAUGUCGUUAAAAUUUUCAUAAAACCAAAUAUAAUUGUUCUAGCAUUGUUUUUCUGUUGUUAUUUUGUUAUUAUUAAUCAUUUACAUAAAUAUUGUUCGGCAUCACCAGCGGAUAGUUUUAUAUUCGAAGAGGAGUACAAAGUAUGCAGUAUACGAUCGUUAAUCACGUUUAAACCACAGAUCUCUAAAAAUGAUCUCCGUGCUGUUAAUUUUAUUUCUCAAGCUAUGUCUUGCACAAGAUUAUCCACCUUAUAUAGUCACUCAAGAUAAUGAAUAUCCGAGAGCAACUAAAUUGCAAAGUGAAAAUAAAGGAUUGAACAGUUUGUAUGACUGGAAAAACAACUUUGACAACAACGUUAUCAUCCCAGAUGCUAAUUAUUUUAUUGUGGCGAGUCGAAUAGUUAGACCUGGCCAAGUUUAUCGAGUGUCUGUAACGGUUUACAAGGCUAAACAGCCAAUUUCAGUCAGGGCUUCAAUACAAAGAAACCGAGUUGAAUUGUCCUCUGAAAUACGUGUGAUCAAAGAAGGAAUUCAAGAAACGUUACUGUUAUUGGUUCCCACUACCAGUGUCACUGGUGAAUACAAAUUGAGGGUGGAAGGCUUGUACGAUGGUGUAGUUGGUGGAAUCGCUUUUUACAAUGAAACCAGAUUAAAUUUUUCCCAACGUUCAAUGACUAUUUUUAUACAAACUGAUAAACCAAUAUACAAACAAUCAGAAAUAGUAUAUUUUCGAGCAAUUCCAGUCAAUACAGAACUAAAAGCUUUUGAUAAUCCUGUCGAUGUAUACAUCUUAGAUCCGAAUCGUCAUAUUAUGAGAAGAUGGCUGUCAAGACAAUCAAAUUUCGGUUGUGUGAGUUUAAAUUAUGAAAUGUCAGACCAGCCAGUUUUUGGUGAAUGGACUAUUCAAGUAGUUGCUCAAGGACAAAUAGAAGAAGCAACAUUUUUAGUUGAAGAAUAUUACCAAACACGGUUUGAGGUUAACGUAACAAUGGCUGCUUAUUUCCUUGAUUCUGAUAAAUAUUUGAGUGGCUAUGUUAUGGCCAAUUACACUAAUGGAGGGCCCGUUAAAGGAAAUCUAACUUUAAAAGCUACAAUCCGACCACUAAAAAACGGAUUUCAAAAUUAUGACGGUCCAAUCACUGAAAAAUAUUUUAGCUUUGAUGAAACCUAUCCGUCUUGGUUUCCCAAGCAGUCUGAGUAUACUCGAAUUAAUCAGAUACCACAUAAAAAAUGGUUUUACGGUGUCUACAAAUUCAAAUACCCGCUGAGCGAAUUGCAACAACUAGUUUCUACGUUAGAGGGAACAGAAGUUACUAUAACAGCAACUGUUGGUGAAAGAUACUUAAAUGAAAUUGUAGAAGGGUAUUCUACUGCUCGUUUUUUCAAUUCUUCUGUUCGACUAGCAUUUUUGGGCGGUUCUCCACAAGUUUUUAAGCCUGCAAUGCCAUUUACUGUUUAUAUAACUGUUUCACAUCAUGAUGGUUCGCCACUAGACCGAUAUAGAUUGAUGCUUGGUCAAUUGGACAUGACCGCAGAAAUAGUGAUGAGAUCUGGCGGUCGUAGAAGUAUUGAGUCUAGAGUAGUGAAAAUGUCAACGGAACACGAAGGGGUGUUUGAAAUGAAAUUAUACUUGCGCACAGAACUGGGUCUUGAAAAUGAUAAACGUGCACCGGAAAUAUUAAAAGAUAUUGAUUCAAUGAAAAUACUUGCUACAUUUAAAGACAUGUUUGGAGAACGAACUAGUACAGAGUUAUUAUUGCUAACCCAUUAUUCACCAAGUCUACAUCAACUUAAAGUUUGGACUUCAACUAAAGACGCCAAAGUGGGGCAGUUCAUAGUGUUUCAUGUACAAAGCAAUUACUUUUUAGAAACAUUUGACUACAUUUUACUCUCUAAAGGUAUCAUACUGUUAACCGGUCAAGAAGUCACUCACGCUUCGACAAUUCGAACUUUUGCUAUUACACUGUCAGCCGAAAUGGCUCCUGCAGCUACUAUUGUUGUUUAUCACGUCGGGAAAUUCGGAGAUGUAGUCGUAGACAGUUUAACUUUCCCAGUAAAUGGAAUAUCGCGAAACAAUUUUACGGUGUUUAUUAAUAACCGUAAAGGCCGCAGUGGUGAAAAAGUUGAAGUCGCAAUUUAUGGCGAACCUGGAGCCUAUGUUGGUUUGUCAGGCUUAGACUACCCUUUUUAUAGUUUACAAGCAGGCAACGAGUUGACUUAUGCAAAGGUUUUAACCAAAAUGGAAAGGUUUGAUGAAGACACAAAUGGCACCAUUAUGCAUACGUGGUUAUCUCAUGAAGGCGCACCUGACGAAAUAGUUUAUUUCCCAUCGUCUACUUUUGGAAUAGACGCUAACCGGACAUUCGAAUUUGCUGGUGUGGUAGUAUUUACUGAUGUAGUUUUACCCUUAAGGCCGACUUUGUGUAACAGAACUUUAGGCUAUGCUGAGUGUCUAAGCGGCCGCUGUUAUUUAGCUAACAGGAAAUGUGAUGGCCAUUAUGACUGCGAUGAUGGUACUGAUGAAGCUCUGUGUCCUUUAUAUAACCGUACAGAGUUCAAUAAUUUCCGCAAAUUCCGUUACAAUCACAUUCAAAGACAUUACGAUAAUAUAUGGUUGUGGCAAGACAUAAACAUUGGUCCUCAUGGCCGUUUUAUAUUCGAUUUGCAAGUUCCACAUCGCCCUGCUCAUUGGAUGGUGACUGCUUUUAGCUUAAGUCCCACUAAAGGAUUUGGCAUGAUUAAAAAACCCAUUGAAUAUGUCGGAGUGCUGCCAUUUUUCAUGAAUGUAGAAAUGCCCACUCACUGUAAACAAGGAGAACAAAUAGGAGUUCGCGUUACUGUUUUUAAUUACAUGUGUAGCAGCAUUGAAGCUGUCGUUGUUUUAUCUGGAUCGGACUCUUAUAAAUUUGUUCAUGUUGAAGAAAAUGGAAUAGUAAACUCGUAUAACCCUAGAACUUCCCAUGGUGACCACCAGUUUUUCAUUUACAUCAAGGCCCAAGACGCCGAAACUGUUUAUCUUCCUGUGGUACCGACUCGGCUGGGAGACAUCAGCAUAAACAUUGUGGCGACAACGCUUGUGGCCAGUGACCGUGUUACAAGAAUAUUACAUGUAGAAUCCGACGGAGUACCUCAGUAUAGGCAUCAGUCAAUGAUACUCGAUCUCAGCAAUCGAGCUUACGUUUUCCAGUACUUACACGUAAACGUUACUGAAACUCCUAUAAUCCCUUACAGUAUUGAUCGUUAUUAUGUUUAUGGAUCAAAUAAAGCUCACCUUUCACUGGUCGGAGAUGUUGUUGGACCAGUUUUUCCAACAAUGCCCGUUAACGCCACAUCCUUGUUACAUUUGCCAAUGGAUUCUGCCGAGCAAACCAUGUUCAGUUUUGCUGCAAACCUGUACACGACAAUUUACAUGAGAUAUGUGAAUCAACGUAAUAGAGUGUUAGAAAAACAGUCAUUCUAUCAUUUGAAUAUUGGAUAUCAGCGUAUGUUAUCAUUCAUGAACAAAGACGGUUCAUUUAGUCUAUUUAGAAGCGACUGGAACAUGUCCUAUCCAAGUGUAUGGUUAACGUCAUAUUGUGCUAGAGUAUUUCAAGAGGCAAAUUUCUACGAAUGGGAAAACUUUAUUUUCAUUGAUCCACAGGUUAUUUCAAAAGCCUUAAUGUGGGUAUUAAAACAUCAAACAGAAGAAGGUUCAUUUUAUGAUGUGUCGUGGUUCCCGGAUCGUAAAGUCAAUAGCUCUAUACAUAGAUCAAUUUUAUUUGGAUCAAACCGACCCCAUCGUUUUUCAAACAUAUCAUUAACGGCUCAAGUGCUAAUGACACUUACAAAUGCUAAAGAUUUAUCAGGAGGAUUAGGAUCGAAAAUAGCUCAAGGAGAAAGUCGGGCAGUAAAAUAUUUAGAAAAAAACAUGAAUUUGUUAAAUAUGAGUGGAGAACCUUAUGAAAUAGCUCUUGUUGCCUACGCUCUUAUGUUGACUAAAUCUUCAUUUGCUGAGUAUGCUUUCAGUUUACUAGCUAAACAUGCUAGAAGAGAAGGUGGGCUAAUGUACUGGGGUAAAGAAGAUGUGCCAUUACCACCAACAAAAAUGGAAAACCAAAAACCUUUCCUUUUACCACGAUUGCCUUAUAAAUAUGAUGCUAUAAAUAUAGAAACCACGGCAUACGCUUUGCUUGUUUAUGUUGCAAGAAAGGAACCAUUUGUUGACGAUAUUGUCAAAUGGUUAAAUUCCCAAAGACUCACCGACGGUGGAUGGGCCUCAACACAAGACACCGCAAUAGCGCAUAAAGCAUUAAUCGAGUACACUAACCGAAAUAGAUUGAGAGAAGUGUUUACGUUAACUGUGACAGUCGAGGCUACAUCCCUUCCUGGACAAACAAAAAUAUUACAAGUGAACAGUGACAAUAUCGCCAAUUUACAAAGAAUUGAGAUUCCACAAGCCUGGGGAACAGUUAAAGUGCAAGCUAAAGGCUCUGGUUACGCAAUAUUACAGAUGUCUGUUCAGUACAAUGUCGAUGUAGCAAAAUUCCAAACUUCUCCGCCAGAACGUUCUUUUGCUUUAGUAACUCGAGCAGAUUUCCACGGUCGCAAUCAGUCUCAUAUCACGUAUCGCAGUUGCCAAAGAUGGACGUACCAUGAAGAGUCUCCAAGGUCUGGUAUGGCCGUUCUUGAUGUCACGAUCCCAACUGGUUAUAUAAUGCAACAACAAUAUUUAGAUGCUUACGUAUUGCAACGAAAAGUACCAAAUUUACAAAGAGCAAGAUUUUUCCCUGGAAAACUACUGUUCUACUUUGAUUAUUUGGAUGAUACAGAAACCUGUGUCAAAUUUACGAUUGAAAGAUGGUAUCCAGUCGCCAACAUGUCUCGCUAUCUACCCAUCCGCGUUUAUGACUAUUACGCACCAGAGCGAUUCAACGAAACAAUAUUUGAUGCAUUACCGACUUAUUUAUUAAAUAUUUGUGAAGUGUGCGGUAGCAGUCAGUGCCCUUAUUGUUCAAUAUUCAAUGGCGCAAUUAGUUUAUCAGUUUCGUCUACAUUUUUACUGGUCGUGACUGUAAUUACUGUUCUCAUCAACUACAAGCAUAAUAAUAUAUAGGAUAUAAAUUGAGUUUAUGAGUAUUAGUUAUCUACAUUUUGAACAGAUCAAAGACAAGCUAAAAGCACAUAUUCAUUUCUACUACAAUAGUUCACAUUAUUAUUAUUUUUUUUUAUUAGGACAAAUAGUUUUAAUAGGAUUAAUUUUUAUUCAGUUACGUGUUACAAUUUCUGUUGAACUAUUUGAAAAAGUAUUUUUUUUGUUCUUAUGCUUAAAAAAUGAAUAAUUUUUUUAAAAACGAAUUAAAUUAAGUAUAAUAAAGUAUGAAAAAAUCCAGAAAGUUCACUUUUUAGUCUAAAAAAAACAUGUUUAGAUAUGCAGUACGACAAAAAAAAUUAAAUUUUAUGACUCUAAAAUUGUUAUUUAAAAAAAAAAGUAACUUUUCUGAUUAUUUCCUUGUACUACUCAAUAAUUUAAUUUUAUCAAAUUGAUAAC